CUAAAUGUAGAACGUUUCUAAGUCGGCUAUAUGCUCCGUUGGGUAAUGCAAAGUAGAUGUCCGCUCCGCUUUGUGUGCACGGAACACGCUAGCAGAAUAAUGCUAGAACAUUCCCUUUAAAGGCAAUAAGACACAUUAUCUGUGCGCUGCUUUCGACAUCUGUAGCGCGAAGGCUUCCUGUAGCGUCCCACAGCCUUGGCUUCUAAUAUAAGCUCGCGGCGGCACAGAAGCGCUUCCUGUUUUACGAUGUGAUAACCACUUUGCCGCGUUCUAUGUGCCAGUCUGAUCUUAGUCUAAUCGAGGACUGUUUUUUUUUUUGUUGUUGCUUUUGCAGAUGAGAACAAUGAAUUGCAAUCCCGAAAAGUAUUAAGUACCUCGUAACCGCGGCAAGGAUGUUUCACUCCACCAGCAAUUGAAAUGGAUAAACAGUAUUGAACCCCCCCCUUCCCAAAAAAAAGAAGGAUCAAUGCUUAUUGGAUUGCAACGCAGAGAAGGUGCAACUACCAUGGUAACACUAAUAACAGAGAAACUGCAAAAUCAGAGCUUGGAUGAUCUGUCCUGCAAAACCUAUAAUAUUAAUCUGCACUCAUCUGAGAAGCUGAACAAAAGUGGCAGCUUGUUCCCUUACGAAAUCAAUGAAGAUGAGUCCCCCUGGAAAGUCAUCAACAGGAAUUAUCCAAUCAGGAAUGAGCUGAACAAAAAUGUCAUUUUCCCGUUUUCCAUGUGCCCCUUUAGUUCGGGCACGACCGGCAGUUUUAAUCUACAGUGGCAGAACGAGUCCUCGAGUAUAGUAUCUGGGUGGAUAAGUGAACUUAAUCUCAAUGACAACUUCGGGCAGCCUUUAGCACCACCCACCAAACGACAUUGCAGGUCAUUGUCUGAGCCGGAUGAACUGUCCCGCUGCCGGUCACCCUGGAAACCCGGCGGAUCCAAAGUUUGGACUCCCGUGUCAAAGAGACGAUGCAACAGUGGUGGCAGUGCCACGUUGCAACGCUGCAACAGCCAUGGUAAUGCCACCCUUCAAAGAAGCACAAGCACCAGCCUGCCACAAAAUGCCUUGUCCCUUAACAACAACAUAUUUUCAAUCUCCACAAAUGACACGUCCUCUGUCCCAAGGCCAUCUUCUGCCAGCAGCGGCUUCGCGGAUAGCGGGGAAGGCAACACGGGUUCCAACAUCUGCGUUACCUCUGGAGGACCUUGUGAUUUCUACCCAAGGAGGCGCCUUUCCCUCUCCCAGGAGCACAUCAAAGAGAACGGAGACCUUUUGCCUUCGGCCAACAGCACACCCACCUCAACCCCGGAGCUUAGCAGACGUCAGGGCUUGCUGAGAUGCCGUUCCCAGCCUUGUGUGCUCAACGAAAGAAAAACCAGACUAAAGCGCCGACGCGAUGAAGACGUCCGAUGGAACAGGCCUUCCUUAGAUUUUUUUAAAAUGACACGGACGUUAAAAAAUUCUAAAAGUCUUUGUUCGCUUGACUACGAAGACGACGAGGACUCCCAGCUCAAGACAAUCGUCUCAUCGCCUUGCGAUUCAAGUGACCUCAUGAACAUCAUCACUCCUGGUACCAGCCCUCUGAAGGAGACAAUGGAAGAAGGGAAACACAAGCCAUCUUGCCACGUUACCAACACAAGGGAUUAUAAGAGCGAGACCACAGUAAGCGAAAGCGACGAGGACAUCAGUGACUAUGAAAGCACAGAGGGGUGCAUCUUUCCUAUAGAUUGCGCUGACUUGGAUUUGGAGCAAAUAGAAAAUAAUUAAGUCACGACGCUUCUGCUAAUGCUUAGUGGUGUACCUCUGUUAUACAUACUGAGUUUUUCUGCGGCUGCCUUUGGGUGUCCUUUUCUGAUGCCCGGAUAAGUUGACAAGUGGAAUGUUUUCACCUGUUUUAGUUUGUUUUAUCAAUUGAAUGGACAAAUGUGUAAGUUGGAUGCGACUGAGCGUUGAGUUGUUUCCUCCUUGGCAGUAUUUGCUGAGUGGUGCGAAGUAUGUGGGACCAAGCUUACAAACCUAAGUUUAUACAGAUGCUCACUAGUUUUUCCUCAACAAAAAAAAUAAUAAAAAUAAAUAUAUAUUAAGAAAAAAAUGACAAGCUUGACCUGGCUUCACCAGAUUUUUCUUUCUCUGCUUGUCUCAAAAAAAAUAAAAAAUAAAAUAAAUAAAAAUAUAUAUUUAUAGAAAAAGGACUAUUUCAUUAAGCUCAUUUUAUAAAUUGAACUCUGAGCGCUAUAGACAGACUCGCAGUGCCUUGCAGAUGUCAUUUGGAGCUCAAGGUGUUAAGGACCUCACUUUUCAGGGGUUGCCAUAUACAUAAAGUAGAUGGAGUACAAUAUAUUUAGUUUUGUCACAUAUUUGAAUUGUUGGUAAAAAAAAAAAAAAAAAGCCGCUGAGCGAUUCUAAGGCGACUUUGAGGCAUUUAUAAAAAUAAAAAAAUGUAAAAAAAAAAUACAGAAAAGAAUAGAUAUUUUUGCAUUUUUAUGGCUUUUACAGAUCUGGAAAAUAAAGCAUCUCUAUUUUGAAAUGAAUUUUCUGAAGGGCAUUCUAUAAAACAAAUAAUUCUGCCAUAACUCUAGUGCAGAUAAGAGUUCUUUAUAUUGGAGAUAUGAAAGAAUAAAAUGCAUAUAUUUGAUAGAACACAUGAAUAUUAUUCACAGUUGGUCCGAAAUAACCAAAAUAAUUGCUCCUUUUUUUUUUUUAUUCAUGGGAGCCGUUAUAAAACUUUAGAACAUGCGCACCUUGUACGAAAUGUUUUUUUGGGUUUUUUGACGCAUACCUUUUGAUCAAAAUGUGCUGGUGAUCUUUAAAGUUUAGGCAAAUAAAAAAAAAAAAAAAAAAAAAAAAAAGCCCAUGAAUUUAGUACUUGAAUUUUUUUUUCUGAACAACAUUGAAAAUUUAUGAUAUAUGCAUUUCAAAGUGCGAGUAGGUUUAUACUUUGUAGGUCAUUAUUAUGUUUUCUAUUGUUCAAAAGAAUGUAUCAGAGCACUUGAACUUUAGACAGGGACUUUGUAAAGCUUUUUUUAAUUCCACAGGAUGUGAUCCAUUCAGCAAUACUAGAAGGAAACUUGUCCUUGAGAUAAAUAAAAAUCAAUUUGCUUUGAAUAA